AGGAGUAAAAGAAUGAGUAAAAAAAAGACUGGGCCAGACUCAGGACUAAAGCGAGCUCACCUGUGAUGUGCUGAAGAGGAUGGGAUUCUCUUUGUGUAACAUUCAUUACGACUACCAAAAACAGACUGUAAACUUCCUUCUGAAUAUCUUGUUGCCUGUUACAUUGAGAUGAACAGGGUUUAACAGCUACUCACUGUCAAAUAAAUAGAGUAAGAAGUUCGGACUAACCUAAUACAGGAGUAUCCUGCAUUAGAGAAGAUAUGGCACAAACAGUUACUCCCCAGGAGGAUACAGCUGUGAGGACUGCUUGCCAUGUUUCUUCAUGCUUUUGUAAAAUCCAGGUAUAGGAGUAACUUUUCAAAGGCCAUGCUAUUUCCAGAGAUUGAACUAGAACCGCUAGACCUGUCUUACUCAGACUGAACUUUAAAAAGCCAAAGCUUAUGAAUAAAACAUCAGAAAUCACACAGAUUUCUCCGGUUGCACUGAUCUUUGCUGCUAAUGCUGCUUCUUUUGUACAUAUUGUGUUGCAGGCUCCACCUUUGCAGUGUCCCUCGUGCAACAUGAGCAUUUCUUGCUUCAGAAUGUGGGGCUCACAGGCAACUCACAAGAGUCUCAAUGGACCUAAGAAUGAGGUGUAAGAGUAACUGUAACUAGGUCUUUUAUAGAACAGAGAUAAACAUUGCAAGAGAUGUUUCAAAAGCUGGUCUACUUAUGUAAGAGAGAAGUGCAGGAGUUAAGAGAUCCUCUCCCUUUACGUUAAAGCCUUCUCCCAUUCCUUGCCAUUGAUAUCCUCUGUGAUAAUGGUCUGCACGGUGCCCUCAUCCAGACAAUGGGGAGCUAUUCCUGAAGAAAGACAGAGUACAUAGAAACCAACAUCCACAUCUUGUCUGGGAGAUGCCUGCACUGCUCUGGAUGGGGCAUCUCAGGGAAUGCUAAAUGUUCAGUCCAGCUAUUGCUGUACAUCUGAGAAGCCUAGAUGGGAAGAAGCCCACACAGCAAUAGCAGCUUGAAGCGUGAGGCUGGAACAAUGAAGUGUCUGUUUUGUUUCUUUGUGCAAAUGCUGCAACUGUAAAGGAAGAAAGAGACUUUUCUAGAAGCAGUGGACAAGUUGUGGACUGCAGUCAGAUCUGUCACAGACCUCUGGACAACAGAAAUUCCACUGACAGCUAAAAUGGCUCCUGGAAGCAUCACAGAGGCAGCUUGGAUUCUCUCGUGGACCACCACCAUCUAGAAGUUCAAUGCUGCACCGUUAACAGGCUGCUAUUAUGAGUGUGGUCAUCUCUGAAGAGGAGGAGGACUCUCACCCAUGGAUGUAAAUAACUUGGGGUCUGCUUUCACACUAAUUAACACUUGUUGGUAUUUGGCUUGGUUUAUACUGAGAGAUUAUUUACCCUCUGAAGAAUUCCUUGGGACUCCUUGUCAGAUCAGUUCUUGGGUGGAGCUUGCAGCAACUUGGGUGCUGUGGAGAGGUGGAAACUGCAGCUGAGAAAUGAUUUUGGGGAAAGGAAGACAGAAAAGCACAAGCAAACUAUUAUGGAAAUGCAAAUAGCUCUCUAAAGGAUCAGCAAAUAUACCAGCUAUGGAGUCUGGCUGUAGUCCCAGCAAAGGAGAUUUCGCUUCAGGGAAAACCUGUUAACCAUUUGGAGGGAGUACAUGUGAAUAAGAUGGAAUUAUUAAAGAAGGCUUUGCUUCAGGUUUAGUCUCCUAGCACAGAAAAUCUUUGAAAGACCAUCUCUCUUAGAAAUGGAUAACUUCACAAGUGGGCAGCCAGGCCCAGGUCAGAGGAAUAGGCUGAUGGGAUUGCUAGAAACAGAUGACAGUACCCCAGAAGAUAAACGUGCACCUAGUAAAAAGGAAGAAAGAUCCGGACCUGGAAAGAGAGAGCAGCGACCCUUGGAGACACCGUAUCAGGAGGAAAGCAGUAACUUUCCUCCUAAAAUCAAGGUUAACCUGAACUAUCGACCAGGACUUGUUAGCAAUCCAAAGGACCCAAAUCGCUUUGACAGAGGCAGGCUCUUCAGCGCAGUCUCAGAGGGCAGCCCCGAGGCACUGGAUGGUUUACUUGAGUACUUAAGGAGGACCUCCAAAUUUCUCACCGAUUCUGAAUACACAGAUGCAAAUACUGGGAAAACCUGCUUAAUGAAAGCCUUGUUGAACUUAAAAAAUGGAAAGAAUGACACAAUCCCACGUUUGCUGGAAAUAGACCAAAAUACGCACAAUCCCAGGCCACUUGUCAAUGUGGCAUGCUCUGACUGUUACUACAGAGGCCAAACAGCACUCCAUAUUGCCAUAGAGAAAAGGAGCCUAGAUUUAGUGAAGCUUCUAGUAGAGAAUGGAGCUGAUGUCCAUGCCAGAGCCCAUGGUGAAUUCUUCAAGAAAAAGAAAGAAGGAGUUUACUUUUAUUUUGGUGAACUUCCUCUGUCCUUGGCUGCUUGUACCAACCAGCCUGAGAUUGUGGAAUAUCUUCUAAACAAUCCCCACCAGAAAGCCAGGCUCCAGGAGCAGGACACGCAGGGCAACACAGUCCUCCAUGCCCUGGUGAUGAUUGCAGAUGACACUGAGGAGAACACCAAGUUUGUGAGCACCACAUAUGUUGAGAUCUUGAAGGCAGGUGUGAAGGUUGACCCAGUGUUGAAGCUGGAGGAGAUUGUGAAUUAUGAUGGAUUAAAUCCUUUGCAGCUCGCUGCCAAAACAGGCAAAGUGGAGAUCUUCAAGCACAUUAUACAAAGAGAGAUCAAAGACCCAGUGUACAGGCACCUGUCACGCAAGUUCACUGAAUGGACCUACGGGCCUAUCCAUGUGUGUCUCUAUGACUUGUCCUCUAUAGACAGCUUCGAGGAGAACUCUGUGCUAGAGAUUCUGGCAUACAGCAGUGACACACCGAAUCGGUACAAGAUGGUGGUUUUGGAGCCACUGAACAAACUGCUUCAGCAAAAAUGGGAAACAUUUGCUUCCAAGAGAUUCUACUUCAGUUUUGUCUCAUACUUGUCAUUCAUGAUCAUCUUUACAGCCAUUGCGUACUAUCAACCCCUACGGGUAAAGCCUUCCUUUCCAGUGGAAUUCACGGCUGGAGGCUUCCUCUGGGUCUCUGGACUAAUCAUUAUCUUGCUAGGUGGCAUUUAUCUAAUCUUUGCUCAGAGUCUGUACUUGCGGAGGAGACGCCAGUCCCUGAAGACUAUGUGUUCUGACAGCUGCAUUGAGAUCUUGAUCUUCAUCCAGGCUUUCUCAUUGCUGCUGUCAGCAGUCCUGUAUGGUGCAAGUUCAGAAAACUAUGUGGCAGUGAUGGUGUUCUCCCUGCUUCUGGGAUGGGUAAACAUGCUGUAUUACACUCGGGGCUUUCAACGCACUGGCGUCUACAGUGUCAUGAUCCAGAAGACUAUUCUGAGAGAUCUGCUGCGUUUCCUCUUGGUUUAUAUGAUCUUCCUCUUUGGCUUUGCUGCAGCUCUGGUUACACUGAUGGGGGAUGCUCCUUCAGUCUCUCAGAACAAGUCUCUUGCUCAUUUGGAGAGCACUGGGAACCAUGCUAUGUAUGGUGGGCUGCUUAGUGUCUCCCUGGAGCUCUUCAAGAUCACCAUUGGGAUGGGAGACCUGGAUUUUCAGGAACAUGCCAGAUUCAGAUACUUUGUCAUGCUCCUGCUGCUUCUCUUUGUGAUCCUCACUUACGUUCUUCUGCUCAACAUGCUGAUUGCACUCAUGAGUGAGACUGUCACAGAUAUUUCUAGUUACAGCAAAAGCGUCUGGAAGCUACAGAGGGCUAUUGCUAUUCUAGAGAUAGAGAAGGCCUGGCUGUGGCGCCAAGGUGGGAAAAGGAGAUCUGGCUGCUUCAUGUCAGUGGGCCUCAAUAAGAAAGAUGAAAGGUGGUGCUUCAGAGUAGAGGAAAUUAAAUGGACUGAUUGGGCAAAGGAUGUAGGAUUUCUUAAGGAAGACCCUGGCAACACCAAUGAUUCAGAAAUACAUCCAGAAGAGACAAGAUCAUGGAAACGGAUGCCACAGAAACAACUGAGACCAGCUGGUUCAGAGGAGCAGUCACUAUUGCAGUCCCAAAUGUCAGCAACUGAGAUGAUGCCUCUAGAGGGACAAACCAGGAAUCCUUAGGAGGUUUUCUGGAUUGCAACCUUGCUUCCACCUUCAAAGGAACAGUUCUUCCUCUAGUACCUGGAAAAACAGAAGACAUUAUCAGUAUUAAAGUGCAUUUAAUUGAAGACUGUGGUUCAGCCUGUGGCUUUAAGUAUUUUCAUGCACUUUAAUCAUUAAUUUCCUCUGAAGAUACUAUUUUUAUUCAACAUUCUUUGCCUGGCACUCUCUUUUUAAUAUGUCUAAAGGUGCAAGAGCAAGAUCACAGGGCAGUGGGAGUGGUCUGUGGGAGGCAGCACUUUCUGAGCUGUAUAGAAAUAAUGCUACUUGCCAUAGAGAAGCAGAGGAUGAAGUGACUGAUCUAAGAAUGGGUCAACGGUUACUAUUUUGUCACAAGAGACUGCACUGAAGUGCUUUGGAAUAAAGACUGUUAUAGAGUCCUAAAAGGUUGCUAAGGAUGGGAUUAGCUUCUGUGCAGAACACUGUUGGUAUGACACAUGAGUGGACAAAUACUCUUCAGUCAUCAAAAACUCUACUGAGUCUUUGUGUCAGUGCCUGCAGUGCUCAGUGUGUAGCCCAUAUCAGAACUCCCAUUUUACAGUAUUAUAAUGAAGUUGUUUGCACGAUGUGCACACUUGCUUAAGAGCACAAUAGUGAUGUGGAUUUCCUGGGCCUGUAGCUUCACAUGGGGAAUUUCUGAAACAUCUGUCUUUCACAGGUUGCUUUGUGUCUGUAGAAAACAGCAGCAGAAUCCUGCACAUGGCUUCUGAGAGACAGAUAGCCCACAAUGUAUCAUGUGGUUAACGUUUCCUGUCAGUGUUAGUGAGCAUCCUGUCUUGCUGUAAAUGAUUACAAGGACUUCAUUGCUUUUUGUAAUGUGCACACUGCCUCAGGCAGGAUGAGCAGUGUACUUUGGACUCUGUGAAAGAGGUAAAAAUGAGCAGUCUCACUUUCAGCCUUUAUUUAAAAAUAAUAACAUGAGUAUUUCUGUGAACUGUC